GGAUAUUAAAUAAUAGAACCGGUACAACCGGGGAAACAAUGAGAUACGAACCGGUCUGGGUUUGGUGAAUCUAGGUGAAGACAUAAUAAUUAGGCGGAGGAGGUCUUCUUCUUCUUCUUCUUCUUCUUCUACGGCAAAUGGCAGCAGCGGGAGGUAAGAAGGUCUCCACGGCGGAUUCGUUCGGUGCUGUCGUUCUGGGAGGUACGUUUGAUCGAUUGCACGAGGGACAUCGCACUUUCCUCAAGGCGGCGGCUGAGCUAGCGAGGGAUCGAUUAGUGGUGGGAGUAUGUGAUGGCCCUAUGUUGAAGAACAAGCAAUUUGCUGAAAUGAUACAACCGAUUGAAGAAAGGAUGCGUAAUGUGCAGACCUAUGUCAAGUCUAUCAAACCUGAGCUGGUUGUACAAACCGAACCCAUUACCGAUCCAUAUGGUCCUUCCAUUGUCGAUGAAGCAUUGGAAGCUAUCGUUGUCAGCAAAGAGACGUUACCAGGUGGCUUGUCAGUAAACAGAAAAAGAGCAGAAAGAGGUCUUUCUCAACUCAAGAUUGAGGUUGUGGAAAUAGUUUCUGAUGGAUCGAGUGGGAAUAAGAUAAGUUCAAGUACUCUGAGAAAGUUAGAGGCGGAGAAACAAAACCAACAUGCAGUAGAACAAGAAGCAUCAUCAACUUGAACUAGCCAUUUGUAAAAUCAACUUUGUUAUGUGUAACCUUUUCAUUCCCUUGUUUGUAUACUGCCUGAAACUGAUCAAUAAAAAUUUAACGCUUUGUUAUUA